AUGCCUCACUCGACACGAUCAACGUCCGCGAGCCGCAUCUCCAACUUCAAAUUUCCAGCCGAUCAAUCCACAAGCCUGCGCACGUCGAUGGAGAAGUUCCCGGACCACGUAGAGUCCCUAGAUGGGUCGCCCAUAUAUACGGAGAGUCCAAGUGCAAUAAACGGGAAGAGCCUGUUGCAUCCAUCGCAAGCCGCUGAUCGAUGGCAUCCGGGGCUCUCGAGGAUCGACAGUGGGGAUGUGCGCAAGCCGCCGUACAGUACUGGCGGGAGGGGAAUUGGGCAUGGAAGACAGAAGAGCUUGAGCGAUGCCUUUAGGACGAUACGGACGCGGAGUGGGAGCAUGAGCCAGAAUGUGCACGAGAUAUCAGAUGCCUUAAAGGCGCCGGUGUCGCCCAAGCUUAUUACUCUCUGCAUAAUCUGGUAUUUCUCCAGCGCCCUAACCAACACCUCUUCGAAAAGCAUCCUCAAUGCAUUUCCCAAACCCGCAACCCUGACCCUGAUCCAAUUCGGCUUUGUUUCAUCAUUCUGCAUCUUUUUCUCCUGGCUCAGUUCUAUCUUCCCCGCCUUAAAACAACAUAUCCCCGCCCUCCGCCACGGCAUCCGCCCCCCCACACGGGAAGUAAUAAAAACAACACUACCCCUCGCAGCGUUCCAAAUAGGCGGACAUCUCCUAUCCUCAACCGCAACUGCAAAGAUCCCUGUAUCACUCGUGCACACAAUCAAAGGCCUCUCCCCCCUUUUCACCGUCUUCGCAUAUCGCAUAAUCUUCGACAUCCGCUACCCAAUCGCAACAUAUCUCUCCCUGAUCCCACUCACACUCGGCGUCAUGCUCGCCUGCUCAGCCUCGUUCCGUGGCAACUUUUUCGGGAUCCUAUAUGCGUUCCUCGCGGCCAUAAUAUUCGUCACGCAGAAUAUAUUCUCCAAACGGCUAUUCAACGAAGCGUCACAGGGCAGCACGAGGAAAUUAGACAAGCUGAACCUGCUAUGUUACUCGAGCGGACUAGCGUUUGUAUUGACGUCCCCGAUUUGGUUCUGGAGCGAGGGGAUUGGGCUAUUGAGUGAUUUCCUACACGACGGCUCACUUGACCUGGUUCAACACGCCAACACAUUCGAUCACGGGCGUUUGGCGCUCGAAUUCCUAUUUAACGGCACCUUCCACUUCGCGCAGAAUAUCCUGGCGUUCAUCCUCCUGUCCAUGGUAUCACCUGUUACGUAUUCCGUCGCCUCGCUCAUAAAACGCGUCUUCGUCGUCGUCUGCGCCAUCAUCUGGUUCCAGAACCCCGUAUCAGGCGUCCAGGGGAUAGGAAUCGGCCUCACAUUCCUAGGACUGUAUCUCUACGACCGGACGAAUGAGCGGAGCCGUGCUGAUCGGAAAGCGAGCAUGAUGGAUGUGAAACCUACAUCUAUCCUCCCCACGUCCGGCUCCAAUACCAACGGCCUGGCACUGGCCAAUGGAAACGGGAACGGACUCAGCAUAGCGCCCACGCGGGGCAUGAGCAACGGCUACGCGCUUAGCAGCGUAGGCGAAGAUAAGAAGAACGAGACGAGGGGCCGGUCGAGCAGUCACGCGCACGCGACGUGGAUGCCGCCGGGGACGAAACAGGAGGAUACGUGGAUACCGAAUGGGAAUGGGUUGGGGAUAUCUGUAAACUAG